GUCUUGUAGGAGAGGCUAAUAAGGCUUCUAAUACUGGUAAUGAUAGGUCUAUGAUUAAUAGUAGUACUACUAGGAGUAGUGGGUUCAUGUUUACUAAAUGGCGACCUACUGGUCUUUUAUUGGAAUAUGGUUCGUGGCAGGCCACGGGGAUUAUAAAGGCUUCAUCUUUUUCAACUUCAG